CCCCCUUAUAUAAACACUGCAACGUUACAGUUUUCGUAUGACCCCCAUCUAACACUAGGCCGCAACAUCUGGCUGUUUUUAGCUCUUGCUCUCAUUAGAAUUCAAUGGCGGCUUCGGCAAUUCAAAGCUCGAGCUUUGCUGGGCAAACCGUGCUGAAGCCGCAGAGUGAGCUUGCCAAGAAGGUUGGAGCCUAUGGAGGCCGCAUCUUCAUGCGUAGGACUGUGAAGAGCGUACCACAAAGCAUCUGGUACGGCCCCGACCGCCCGAAGUACCUGGGCCCCUUCUCCGAACAGACCCCCUCAUACCUGACAGGUGAGUUCCCAGGAGACUACGGAUGGGACACCGCAGGCCUCUCGGCAGACCCAGAAACCUUCGCCAAAAACCGAGAACUGGAGGUGAUCCACUGCCGGUGGGCCAUGCUCGGCGCCCUCGGCUGUGUCUUCCCUGAACUCCUCGCAAGGAAUGGCGUCAAGUUCGGGGAAUCAGUCUGGUUCAAGGCCGGCUCCCAAAUUUUCUCCGAGGGCGGCCUCGACUACCUCGGAAAUCCGAAUCUCAUCCAUGCACAGAGCAUACUGGCCAUUUGGGCUUGUCAGGUUGUCCUUAUGGGAUUUGUUGAGGGGUACAGGGUCGGUGGUGGCCCACUAGGUGAGGGCCUGGAUGCAAUUUACCCAGGUGGGGCCUUUGAUCCAUUGGGCUUGGCUGAUGACCCGGAGGCUUUUGCUGAGCUCAAGGUGAAGGAGAUCAAGAAUGGGAGGUUAGCCAUGUUCUCUAUGUUUGGGUUCUUUGUGCAAGCCAUUGUGACUGGAAAGGGACCAAUUGAGAACUUGUUUGACCAUCUUGCUGACCCAGUGGCUAACAAUGCUUGGGCCUAUGCCACCAACUUUGUGCCUGGCAAGUGAGGAGUGGGCUCGGUUGUCGGUCCUGUGUUGUAAACCCUGUGGCUUUUGUGGUCGCUGGUUGAGCCCUUUGUUGUAGUUAUACUACUGUAAUUGGAUAAUAUUAUCAUGCCGUUUGGACUCUC